AUGGUUGGGGUACCGCGAAGCGCUGGCUGUCGCACCUGCAUCCAGCGGCGGAUCAAGUGUGAUGAGGGCCGGCCGGAAUGUCGUCGCUGUCGCGACAGAAACGUCAAAUGUCCAGGCUAUCAGCGCCGAGUGAAAUUCUACCACCAGACUCCGGCAUCUAUUAGAAGUCGCAAGGGGAAAGAGAGUCGACAUGUCGCUGCGUCAUCGGCUGGCCAUGCGCUCAUACCACGGGCGAGCAUGGAUGGGAAAUUAGCUCCCGGCCUGGCGUCCACAGCAACAGACACGCAGAUGAAGGAAGUAUUCCAGUACUUCGUCAUGGUCUCCUUUCCCGGCCUGUUCUCCGCAUGGCGGAACAGAGUCCAGAUCAACUGGCUAGACUUCGUUCGAUACCACCUCGACACCUCGUCGCAGGCCCUGAUCUGGAGUCUCCGUACUCUGAGCGUAUGGCACCUCGGUCGCGAGCAUAACGACCAAGAGAAGAUCUUGGCCAGCCGGCACCUCUACGGCCGCGGUCUACAGCACUUAAUCUGCUCAUUACGCAAUCCCCGCACCGCCACCUCACACUGGACCCUCAUGGCUGCCAUCCAACUUGGGAUAUACGAAAUGCUGGACGGGCUCGGCGAGAAAUCCUGGCUGAUUCAUUCCAGGGGAAUUGGCAAACUAUUCCAGCUUCGCGGUCCUGAGGCGCACCGCGAUGGAUUCGGUCGCACGCUACUGGUGGCGUACCGCCCGUUUCUAGUCGCUGACGCGUUCGUCUGCCAGGAGCCGUGCUUUCUGGAGGAACAGGGAUGGCGAGCCAUUGUCCACGACACUCUGAAAUUUGAACGCAGCGCUGGGAAAAGCUGUCAGCUGGGCGAGAUCGUCGAGCUCGCUUUCAACGAAAUCGUACUCUGUCCGGGGCUCUUUGCGCAGACGCGCGACUUUGUCUCACGGACUGGGGUUAAGUCGGAGAUACUACGAGAGUCGCUAGUGGCUCAGAUCACUCGUUGUCGGGAUAGACUCGUCGAACUGGAAGGGCAAAUGGGGCCAUUGUUCGUCAAAUAUAAUAAGAAGAAGGUGAUCAAAUGGGACGAAGACACGGAAAGUUCUAUUCCUACCGAGUUUGCCGGAAAGGUAUCCAAAUUCGCAUUCCGAGGCACGCGAUCUGCCAUUGCGGUACUCAACCAGCUCUUGGUUUUGAUAGAAGCUGAUAUGACCCGUUCAUCCUUGGAUACAAAGUCGCAUUGCCCGAGUACUAUAUGGAAGCUACCAGCGGGAAGCAUGGCCUCGUCACAGUCGCAGAAGAAGCAAGUGAUUGCAUACGACGCACAUGAAGAUGACUCCCCGGAUCGAUUGGACCAGCUUGCAUUGUCGAUGGGCAUGCUAGCGAUCAGAACAUGA